AUGGACGGCUCAUUCGUCCAGCACAGCGUGAGGGUUCUGCAGGAGCUCAACAAGCAGCGGGAGCGGGGCCAGUACUGCGAUGCCACCCUGGAUGUGGGGGGACUGGUGUUCAAGGCACACUGGAGUGUUCUUGCCUGCUGCAGCCACUUCUUCCAGAGCCUCUACGGGGAUGGCUCAGGGGGCAGUGUCGUCCUCCCUGCGGGCUUUGCCGAGAUCUUUGGCCUCCUGCUGGACUUUUUCUACACCGGCCACCUCGCCCUCACCUCGGGGAACCGGGAUCAGGUGCUCCUGGCAGCCAGGGAGUUGCGAGUGCCAGAGGCUGUGGAGUUGUGCCAGAGCUUCAAGCCCAAAGCCUCAGUGGGACAGCCAGCAAGUGGCCAGAAUGGGCUCGGGAAACCUGCCCCCCGGGAUGUGAACAGCCACCUCAAGGAGUCUGCGGGUGUGGAGAAGGAGGAAGUUUCAAGGACUCUGGGUCAAAUCCCCGGGGAUCCGGAGGUCAGCAGUAGUCUCAGCCCCCAGAGGCCCCGGCUUGGCCUCCCUGCUCAGAGUGAGAGCCCGUCCUUUCUCCGUGGGAAACUCAAGCAGGCCCUGAAGCUCUGUCCCCCUGGGGACAAGGAGCCUGAGGAUUGCAAAGUGCCCCCAAGGCCCUUCGAAGCUGAAGGUGUCCAGCUGCAGGGCGGGACUAAUGAGUGGGAGGUGGUGGUUCAAGUUGAGGACGACGGGGAUGGCGAUUAUGAUUCUGAAACUGAGACUGUACCGAGCAAGAGGAAAGCAAACGUAAUCAGAAAGCCCUGUGCUGCCGAGCCGGCCCGGAGCGCAGGUUCCCUGGCAGCCGAGCCUGCUGAGAACAGAAAAGGUACAGCGGUGCCAGUUGAAUGCCCCACAUGUCAUAAAAAGUUCCUCAGCAAAUAUUACCUAAAAGUCCACAACAGCAGGAAACACACUGGGGAGAAACCCUUUGAGUGUCCCAAAUGUGGGAAGUGUUACUUCCGGAAGGAGAACCUCCUGGAGCAUGAAGCCCGGAACUGCAUGAACCGCUCAGAACAGGUCUUCACGUGCUCUGUGUGCCAGGAGACGUUCCGCCGGAGGAUGGAGCUGCGGGUGCACAUGGUGUCCCACACGGGGGAGAUGCCCUACAAGUGCUCUUCCUGCUCCCAGCAGUUCAUGCAGAAGAAGGACCUGCAGAGUCAUAUGAUCAAGCUGCAUGGAGCCCCCAAGCCCCAUGCGUGUCCCACCUGUGCCAAGUGCUUCCUGUCCCGGACGGAGCUGCAGUUGCAUGAGGCAUUCAAGCACCGUGGGGAGAAGCUGUUUGUGUGCGAGGAGUGCGGGCACCGGGCUUCGAGCCGGAAUGGCUUGCAGAUGCACAUCAAGGCCAAGCACAGGAAUGAGCGGCCAUACGUCUGUGAGUUCUGCAGCCACGCCUUCACCCAGAAGGCCAAUCUCAACAUGCACCUGCGCACACACACGGGCGAGAAGCCCUUCCAGUGCCACCUCUGUGGCAAGACCUUCCGCACCCAAGCCAGCCUGGACAAGCACAACCGCACCCACACCGGCGAGAGGCCCUUCAGCUGUGAGUUCUGCGAGCAGCGCUUCACGGAGAAGGGGCCCCUGCUGAGGCACGUGGCCAGCCGCCACCAGGAGGGCCGGCCCCACUUCUGCCAGAUCUGUGGGAAGACCUUCAAAGCUGUGGAGCAGCUGCGCGUGCACGUGAGGAGACACAAGGGGGUCAGGAAGUUCGAGUGCACCGAAUGCGGCUAUAAGUUCACCCGGCAGGCCCACCUGCGGAGGCACAUGGAGAUCCAUGACCGGGUGGAGAACUACAAUCCCAGGCAGCGCAAGCUCCGGAACUUGGUCAUUGAGGACGAGAAGAUGGUGGUGGUGGCGCUCCAGCCACCCCCCGACUUGGAGGUGGGCUCAGCCGAGGUCAUCGUGGAGUCACUGGCCCAUGGCAGCCUGGCCUCCCAGCUCCCUGGCCAGAGACUGUGUGCGGAGGAGAGCUUCGCGGGCGCGGGCGUCAUGGAGCCCUCGCUCAUCAUUACGGCCGCCAUCCCUGAAGACUGUGACACAUAGCCCCCGACCCGUGCACGGUCCACUUGGCCCCAGCCCCCAAUAAACCACAGGGCU